GGCGGUGUUCGAGCUGCCAGCAGCCACGCUUCGGCUAACCGAAGGAGGGCGCACUUCUCGCGCCUCCGCCGCCGAGCACCGGGGUCCGCCUCUGGCCCGACUCCUGCACCUGACCGGGACCUUCCGGUCUCAACGACUGAUGCACCCUGAGCGUUCAGUUUGGCUCUGAGGGGAGGAACCUCGGGGCUCGGACUUUGGACCGGUUUGCGGAGAGGGCUCCGGACCUGUGAGACGGGCACACCACAGCUGCCGAGCCCUGGAGGCUCAGCUCGCGCUCCAUUCGCAGCCAGCAGUUGAACAGAGCGCAGCCCCUGCUACCGUCUAGUCGGUCCCGCCUCGAGGCGGUGCUACCGCAGGUCCCGCCCCCGGAGUGCACUUCCGCUCUGCGGAACUCCGGGCACAGGGUGAAGUUGCCUUCCGACCUGACCAGUGGUCGCGGCCGAGGCCCCAUGAGCGCCGCGCCCCUGGUGGGCUACAGCAGCAGCGGCUCGGAGGAUGAAGCCGAGGCGGCGGUCACCGGGCAGGCUGGCCCGGGGCCUGGGGGCCACUGCCGUGUCCAAAGCCCCCUUUCCAAUGAGAGGUUUCCAGUACCUGACAGUGUAUUGAACAUGUUCCCGGGCACAGAGGACGGACCUGAGGAUGACAGUGCAAAGCACGGGGGACGAGUGCGUACCUUUCCCCACGAGCGUGGCAACUGGGUCACCCAUGUCUAUGUACCAUAUGAAGCCAGGGAGGAGUUCCCAGAUCUGCUUGACGUGCUGCUGCCCCAUGCCCAGGCCUAUGUGCCGCGGCUGGUGAGGAUGGAGGCAUUCCACCUCAGCCUGUCUCAGAGUGUGGUUCUGCGCCACCAUUGGAUCCUUCCUUUUGUGCAAGCUCUGAAAGACCGCAUGGCCUCCUUUGAAAGAUUCCUCUUUACUGCCAACCGAGUAAAGAUUUAUACCAAUCAGGAGAAGACCAGGACUUUUGUUGGGCUUGAGGUCACCUCAGGGUAUGCCCAGUUCUUGGACUUGGUUUCAGAAGUGGACAGAGUCCUGGAGGAAUUUGACCUUACCACUUUCUACCAGGACCCUUCAUUCCAUAUCAGUCUGGCCUGGUGCGUGGGAGACGCCUGUCUUCAGCUGGAAGGGCAGUGCCUGCAGGAACUACAGGAAAUCGUGGAUGAGUUUGAAGACUCUGAGAUGCUGUUGCGUGUGCAGGCCAAGCAGGUCCGCUGCAAGUCUGGGAACAAGUUCUUCUCCAUGCCUUUGAAGUGAGCACCAGAAGCCUUCCUUGUCCCAGGCCUCUCUGCAGGGGCAGAUGGCUACAGAGAUGGAGGAGUCCCAGGGGGUGCUCCCAGCCUCCCUUUGGGAGGUCCCAGGACAGGUUGGAUGCUAUGGUGUUGUGGUAAUUCUUAGAAGACACCAGUAGAGGGCAGACUGCACUUCUUUAUUCUUGCUUUGCAGUUAAUAAGCGAAAAGAAAAAUAAAAUGAGGGUGGAAAGCUCACCUCACUCAUGCAGAAUCCCCUUGUAGUCCCUCUAAGAACUGCCCCUCUCCUCCCACUUCCCUCUGCAGUGAAUUCUGUUUUGAUGCCAUUGGCCUCAUAUCAGGGUUUUUUAAAACUGUACUGUGGCUCAUCCCUGUCAAGAAGGGAGAGAGGGUGUUUCAGCAGGUUGAAGUGUCUUUUAUUAUUUAGUUUGACUCUCACCCACUUCCUAUGGCAGCAGAGGCCAUUUCAGGGCCAAGGUAUACAGCUGCUAAUUUGUGGUUUGGCGUCAGUUUUCUCCGUUCCUUCCUCCUACUCACCCUAGCCAGGUGCCUGGGGAGACCUGAGCAGAUGUUUCAUUUUGGCCUGGCCAUGGCUGGAAGCCAGGCCUCCAACCCUCUGUGACCUCUGGCUUCCCAAUUAAUUUUCCCAAAGAGGCAGAAGGCUGCCUUCGCCAGUCAAUUCUGCUGCCUCCUCCUGCUCCCUGUAGCCUGUGCACUCUGAAGGGACAUGGAGGGGAAGCCAGGGAUGCAGAGGAUUUUUGUCAACAAGCCCUCACCGAGGUAAAGAACCAUCUCUGUCCAGUUGUCAUCUGGAUUUCUGGUGAUA